AGCCACACACUGCCGCCUGAGCCCGCUGCGCACAGCGCCGCGCGGAGGCGGCUCUGCCCAGCGCGGAAGUGCUGGGCGCCGCCCCGGCAGGCUGCCGCGGCGGAACUUUUCGGAACCAUGGUGCAGCUUUACAACCUUCACCCGUUCGGGUCGCAGCGAGUAGUGCCCUGCAAGCAAGAACCGGCGCACUUCUGCUGCGGCCAAGACGUGCUGUUCGUGGCCAGCACGGCGGCCAGCUGCAGGGUGGAGGUGUUCGCCGUGCGCGAACAAGGCCGCUGCGAGACUCUGGGCUCCUUCGCCACGCUGGGUCCGGUGCUGCGCAUGGCGCACAGCUCGGCAGGAGACUACCUGGUGACAAUUGAAGAAAAGAGCAAAGCAACUUUCCUAAGAGCGUAUAUGAACUGGAGAUGCAUGUCUGCAGGGAGGUCUCGCGUGUGUGUCCGGAUGGUUGGUCACAAGAUGGAAGAGUCAUACAGUGAAGCCUUAAAAGAACAGAUGUCAGUUGUUGAAAUGCCGCUUUCAGAUCCUCCACUGUGCAUUUCAUGUUGUCCUGUGAAUGGAGAUCUUCUUGUGGGCUGCAAGAAUAAACUAGUCAUGUUCUGUUUGAAGUACCAUGUCAUAAACCAGAAUUUGACUGUGUUAGAUUUUGAACGCUCCUUAAUUUUGCACAUUGAUAACCUCAUUCCUGCUGAAGUUGCAUUUUGUGCCAGACAUAUAGCCAUAACAACAGAGCUGGAUGUUCUAAUCCUGAAACUGGAACUGGUCCAGCAAAGUGCAGACAGGACAGAGCAAUGUGCUCAGGGAGUCAGCGCACCAGAAAAGGCUGUGGAUGGAGGUGUGAAAGAUGAAAGUCCUUCAACACAUCCUUUACAGCUUGAAUUAGAUGAGUUCGUCAUAUGUCAGAAGCCAGUGGAACUGCUUGGGGAAGAAAGUAAGCUAUGUGAGAUACCUGUCACACUGGAAUCCACAGAGUUACCUACAGAAGACACAAAGCACUUCCAAGUGCAGUAUCUGCUUUUCAGACGUUUUGCACCCGACCAGUCGCCUUUUGGGUUUUGUGAAGAGACGAAAUUACACUCUGUUCAACUGCUUCCUGUAUACCAGACAGGAAUUUCUGCAACACCCUAUGGGGAAACUGAGAACAAGAGAAAACUUCUGAGUCUCUUCUGCUUUUUCUCUUUACCUCAUGCUGGAUAUCUCUACUCUCUUGGGAAGUUAGUAGAACUAAUUUCUACUUAUCAAUAUUCAGAGAAGUCAGAGCAGGCAGUCCUCACUCCACAGUUCCUGCACGUCAUUACAAGUCAGAACCUGCAGUGCUUCACAGUGCGAUGCAGUGCAGCAGCAGCUCGUGGUGAGGAUCCAUAUAUUGACACGACCGUGAAGGCUUGUCCACCUGUCACACUGGAUGUCUGUACAUUAAGAAUGCAGCUUUUUAUAGGACCAAGAGCUAUCUGCCAUUUCAAAAACCAUAUAAUUCUUUUGACUAAGGCAGACACAGAAGAUAUUACUGAAAGAAGAAAGCCUACAAGAAGGAUGCUUUCCAGAAAGACUGACAGCAUCAAAUCCAGAACAAAUUCUGAGUCAGAGCCUGGUUGGAAUUUAUAUAUUAUAAACACUGUUUCAACAAUUCAGCUUUACAGAGAAAUGGUAGAAUAUAGUAGAACUUACGAAAAUGUCAAAACUGAGAGCUGCAUCCAUCUUCUAAGUGAGGCUCACUUACUGGUCAGAGCAGCUAUAAUGGACCCUCAUUUCCUUAAACCAGAUGAGAAGGAAGAUCUUCUAAGAGCAUUCAGAGAAAGUUGUGCCUUCUUAGGAGACUGCUACAGCAGGUUUGAUACAAAGGAUUACCACCUUGCUUUGCCAUACUACAGAAUGUCAGGUUUAUCCAUGACUGAAGUUUUAAAGAGACUAGUUUCAGAAGGUGAUGAAAUACAGACAUAUGAGAGAGGAUUUAUAUUCUACUUAACUCAUUCUCUUAAUGAAGACUCAAAUGAAGAAUUAAGUGAGGAAUCAGGAAAUAAAGUUCUCCAGAUAUUCUAUCUCGCGGACCCUGUGCAGUUGCCUGAUAUCCUUUGCAGUCCCAGCAUGAGAAACAUAUGUCCUUUGACAGCUGUGAAGUAUCUUCAGAAAGUAGAAAAGAUGAUGCCAUCAGUGGUCCUGACACUUACUAAGGCUUCCUUGGCUCUGAAAAUGGGAGACCUGACAAUGUAUGAACAUGAAAUGCAGUCCUAUAAGGAGACAACACUGGCUUGCGGCUUCCUUGGGCAGCCACGGCUCCUGCAGCAGCGUAAGGAAGGAAUUGUUAUGCCAACUGAGUUUGCUGUUCACCUGAAGGAGAUGCAGCCUGGUUUACUGGUGGCUGCCACUGUGGCUUUACAUGAGAACAGUAAAAUUGAACUAGAAGAAGCAGAUACCUUUUUCAAGAUGUUGUGUAAUAGCAGUGAAAACACUGUUCCCCAGCUCCUGGUGGAUUUCUGGGAAGCUCUUCUCGUAGUGUCUUCUCAGGAAAAAAUACUUCAGGAGCUCCUAUUGAGGGUUACUUCUCAGUAUGUUUGGAGAAUAUCAAAGAAGCAACUUCCUGAGACUAAGCCAUUGAAAACAACAGAGGAUCUAAUAAAUUCCUGUAGUCAUUUUGGGUUGAUUGUCCCAUGGGUAACUUCCAUAAUGUCAGUGGGAUGUUCGUCUGACAAAGAUGACCAUGAAGACAUCUCAAGACUACAGUCUCUUUUAUGUAGUCAGUCAAUCAAUAUAGCUUCAGCUCUGCCUGUUUUGGAGCCCCUGACAGAGGCUGGCUAUGUCGGCCUCACUGUUCGUAUUCUCUGCGAUACCCGUCUGGGCAAGUACGAGGAAGCCAUUGACCAGCUGCUCAGCAGGUGUCCUGAUGCAGCUGUGUUCUACGCUCAGCAUGAGCUGAAAGGUGACAAUCAGGCUCUGUGGUGGAGCAAGCUGCUUCCUGAACUUUGCAAGAGAGCUAGACUUACUGGAAAUGACUGCCCUGUUCUUAUUUCAUCACUCAAAGAAACUCUAUCAAUUGUUGCAAUGGAACUGGAGCUAAGGGAUUUCCUCAGUCUUCUGCCGGAAGAUGGAACUGCAGCAUUUUUUCUGCCACAUCUUCUUCACUGCAGCCAGAGGAAGCUGCUGACCUAAAAUAAUGACCAGUGGACCUGCUGUCCACUCAACUACAAUGUGCUGUAAUAAAAAAGUAAAUGAAACAAGCAGUAUAACUCCUUAUAAGGUACUGUGUGCCUCCCUUCACAUACAUCUUACGUCAACUACUGAAGGACAGCUGUUUCCUGAGGCAAAAAAUGUGUUUUGAAGCUAAUUCUGAUGCCAAAGCAGCUAGGAAAUACAGACUCUACAGUACAACUGAACAUCCAGUGUUCACUGAAAGUGAAGUAGAAAGUCAGUCUUAAGUCUGUGUUAGUUGGAUCACUGACAUAGGGAGGAAUUCAGGCAUGUGUCUAACUGUACAAGUAAAAGUGAGUACCUUAUUCUUCCAAGUGGAAUUGGGCCAAACUGACUUCAUACUGCAACACAGACAUUUCCUUGAAUUCUAGCUGGCAAAAUCAGGCUGCUGCUCUCUCAUCUUAGUUACAUACCCAGGCAAGUGUUAUACUGAUAAUGUUUUAAUUUAGCAAUUAGCAAGAAAAGGCCAUUAAUCAAAGAGAAACAGAAGUGGAAGAUACGGACUAUGGUUGGCUUGGUACGUUUUCUUUCUUCUGUUAUGCUCAGUCAGUAGAUAGUAUUUGAAGGAUCACUAGGCCAUGAAUCCAGAAAAAAAACCCUUAUUUCUUCCAGGGUUUUUGGUAAGCAUCUCAGGUGCUUGUGCAUGUGUGUACUGAUGUUUGUCUGUCUUGUGAGCAGAAAGCAUCUUUAUGCUCCUUCAGAGCUGGAAUUCAGUCAUAAUAAACUGUCACAAUGUUUACAAUGUCCUUAUGAAUGUAGUUUGGGGUUUUUGACAAUUACAAAAAAUAUGACUCCCAUGAUCCCAUAACCAUCUAAAGCCCUAAUUAGCUGACAGUGACUCUAUAAAAGUGUUUUCACAGGAGUUGCAAUGUUAUUUAAACCUGUAGAAGUCAAUCGGAAGAGACCAUCUAUAUUUCAGCUGAAAUACAUUAACAAAAAAAAAAGAUAAAAUCAAAAGUAGUUUAACUUAUUCAGAUAGCAUUCCUGCUGCAGGUAAAAUGAAUUAUCUAAUUUACUAAUAGGUAUUAUGCUGGUUUCAGUAUAAUCUUUAAAAAAGACCAAAGCAAUUUAGGCUUGUUAAAGAGAAGCAAUUUCUUGCAGGCAUAAAGCCCAGAUAUCUUGCUUUCCCUGCCUGUCCCUUACAUCUUUCCUUCUCAUUUAGCACGGAUCUAACAUGAGGGGUUGGGUUAUUGGAAUGCAACCAUAUCGCUCUUACUGUUUUCAUUUUUGAGUAGCAUCAGCCAUGCUCUAACACUGCUGCUUCCACCUGUCAGGAAACACUUUCUUUUUCCUUGCCAAGAGCUGCAACAGCAAAAUGAUUCCACUGCAGGAAUUGUCAGAGCAAAGCCUUCCAGUACCAUAGUCACCAAAUUUUGUCCUUCACUGUCUGCAUUUCAUCAGGCUGAUUUCAACCUAAUUUUGCCUUAGAAUUAUUUUCAUAACAGAAAACCAAAUCUUUUAAUGCACAUUCUUGAGAGGUACUACUGAAUAAAAUUGCAAAGUAAUUCAACAGAAAUAAUAUAACUAUUUUGUUAACUGCUCAAUUGUACAAUACUGUAUAUCUUUUCAGUGUGAACCUAUGGAUAAAGUGAUAACCAAAUUCCUGUUUUCUAAGCAUUUACUACAGACAUGCUAAUAAAAUACGACAGGAUGAUGACUGA